AUGAAUAAACACUCAUUUCUUGCUCGUGUCUACCAUACAGCCGGUCUCACCACUAAAGCAGCUGAUGAAGUUUCCAAAUUAGCUCUUUUACGUGAUGCACUUACUCCAGAAGAUGAAGCAACAGUCAGUGUUGUUACAAAAGCACGUAUUGACCAACUCAGAAAAGCGCGUCGUAUUAUUCAAGUUGUUGAAGAACGCGAAGAAAAUAAAGGCAAGGUAAACCGUGUUAUCUCUCUCCGUGAUUUCAAAAAUAAAAUUGAGGACGAACUUGCCACCUUAUUGAAUCAGUUUAUUACUGCAAUUGAUAAUGCAUUCUUAACAAAACCAACAAGCGAACCAUCUCGUAUUUUAUUCCUUAAGAUGAAGGCAGAUUACUCACGUUAUUUAGCCGAAAUUUCCAAGAUGAACGUCCAGAGUGUCGAAAAUGCUUACCAGGUAGCGUAUGAAGCUGCUCGCCAGUCCCUUGGCCCUGCUCAUCCACUUAGAACAGGCAUUGCUUUGAAUUUUUCAGUCUUCUACUAUGAAAUUCGUGCUAACCGUGAGGCUGCUAUCGCUAUUGCUAAGAGUGCUCAUGAUGAAGGUGCUUCUGCUGCUAAAGUUCUCCAGCAGGAAGAUAAAGAUGAUGCAAUGGAAGUUAUCAAUCUUAUUGCACAGAACCUUAAGAGCUGGACUGCAUAA